AUCCGAGAGAAAAUAGAUGACACUCGGACGUUCGACGACCCAGGCCACUACGGUGUCAACGUCACAGUGCACGAGGACCACGGUACAGCUCACGUGACAGUCGUCGGUCCAGACGGCGAUGCCGUUGUAGCGACGACCACUGUCAAUCAGUACUUCGGAAGUCUGAUAAUGUCUCCACAAACGGGCAUCAUACUGAACGACGAGAUGGACGACUUCAGUUCGAGGAACAUCACCAACUACUUCGGCCUUCCUCCGAGUCAGAAGAACCUGAUCCACCCGGGAAAGCGCCCCAUGAGCUCCAUGUGCCCCGCCAUAGUCGUCGACAGCGACGGAGACGUCCGAUUGGCCGUGGGAGCGAACGGAGGGACGCAAAUCACCACCAGCGUCGCUCAGGCAAUUGUACGGAAUUUGUUCCUCAAAGAAGAUAUCAAGAAGACAAUAGAUGCUCCUCGAUUCCAUCACCAGCUGUUGCCAAACUACAUAGAAUAUGAAACUCUAUUUCCUCAGAGUACCUUGGAAGAUUUGAGAAAAAUGGGCCACAAAACUCACGUCUUAGGAAGUAAAAUGGUUGGUAUUUUGAUGGGGAUCGCAAGAGGAGAAGACGGUUUGCUGUAUGCCAAUUCCGACUACAGAAAAGGAGGGAAUGUCGACGGGUUCUGAGAACUCGUUCAAGCAUUUUAUUGUCUGAAAUACCGUCCAUUGUAAAAUUUGUAUAUAGACUCUCAGCAGUAUUUUUAAAUGUCAUGUUCAUGUUUGAAUUUACCAAGACAAUUCUUAAUGCGUGACAAACUUUCAAAACUUGAAAACAGAAAUACAGUUGGACCCCGA